GGUGUUGGCGACAGACAAGUGGGGAUCUAUGUGAAGAAAGUCGUCGCAGGAAGUCCUGCAGCAGCGGACGGCCGUCUGGCAGCUGGUGAUCAGUUACUGUCAGUCAACGGUCAAUCACUUCUGGGAAUAUCGCAAGAAGAGGCCGCUGAUUUUAUGGCCCGUGCCGGCACCGAAGUACGAUUUGAUGUUCGUAAAGGAGCUGCACUUCGUAAUGGGUUGUCCACCUGGCUGUGUCAACCGACCACGACAACGUUGCCACCCGGGUCUGUGCCGCACUCGCACCAGAAUCAAUAUGCUCCAUCGCAGUCACAACAACAACAACAACUCCAUCAUGGAUCCCAGGCCUCGAAUUUCAGUAAUAGCCAUUCGAACUAUGCCAUGUUACCGGGAUACGGUAGCCAACAAUCAGUGCAGACGACUAAUAGUAGUUAUCAAAGAUAUCAGCCAGCGCCAGGUGUUCGAACGUCGGCCUUUGCACCGGUAUCGUCUGGUGCACCGGUGGUUGGUGUGGAGCCAAAUCGACACUUCAGAUCGGUAUCGGCGUCCGACCUUUACCAGAGCGAUCCGAACGCCUCGUACUCACAACGCUCGGUAGCUGGGUCAACCACUGGUGUCAGUGGGUUCGAUCGACUUCCCUCACAUUAUCGACACUCCAAUAGGCCAACGGUUAUUCAGCCAGGUCGACCGUCAGCCUCAUCACCUUCCGCGCUACGACGUGGAGCUCAUUCGCCAGUGUCACUGUAUCGCCCGCCAAGUGCUACGAACCUUUUCGCUGCUCCAAGGUCGCCAAACCCGCUUCAGCAGCAAGGCUAUGUCAGUGCAGGCUCUCGAGACAACUUGGAUCAAUACAGAAUGGCCCUUCAAGUUGGUGGAGCACACGAAGCCAGAGUUGUACUGGCCCCUCCUCGUCAUUCGGGAUUCGAACGAGAGCUGCGCAAUCUGGAGAGGACCAACACGGCACUUAUGUCUCAUGAUGCUGUAAAUGAAGAAUUGGAUCGAUUAGAUGCGAAAGGUAUCAAUAUGACCGAGGAGGAGACUCGACGAUAUAGAGAGCUGCUGAACGUUGCUUCGGAGCAGUCACGACGAGCUGAGCAAAGGACGGCGGCCGUUGUGGCGCCAACGACCUUUGCGGUGCAGAACUCAAACGGAGAUAUGAACAGGUCGAAUGCAAAUCGCACUGAAACACUGAUCGAUGAUGUAGAUAAUAGUCCAGGACGUAGUGCGAUGAGAGAAAACAUCUCUCCGGGAGAUUCAUACGAUCGAAAAACAGUCCAAUUCAAGGAUACGGUCUCCGUGAAAGAGACAGAAAUACUGGACUCUCCAUCGGAGCGACAAGAAACGCGAGUGCCAGACGGUUUGGGAUUUCGAGACAAGAUGCGUAUAUUUGCUACACAGCUCGGUGAAGGGACUCCGAAGGCGCGAUAUAGCGCCAGCAGUGCUGAGCGACAGAUCCAGAACGAGCAGUAA